UUACGAAACCUCCCUCUUCUUUUCCUCAAAAUCGAUUACUAAAUUAACUUGGAUCGUCUAAACCCACUAAGCCGGUUUUGACUCGCUGAGUCAUUCAAUCCUUUCGCGACAUGGAGAACGGGCACGAAGCCUUUGACUUCAAAGAAGAGGACGAGUUGACUGAAUAUGCAGCUGGUAACUUUGUAACGAAGUAUAAUAACCCUAAUCAUGAUAAUUCCGGGGUUUUGAAGUACGAUUUACUUGAAUGCGGAACCAACAUUCAGAAACAAGGAAUUGGUAGUGUGCUUUGUGUAAAUGUUGACGCAGUUGACUGUGAUCCUAGCUGUGACAAUGAAAAUACAUAUGCCUCCAUGGAUGCAGACAGAGAGGAUUGUGUUACCAGAGCUCCUCAAGUGAAUUCUACAAGUUGUGAACAAAUCCCUUAUUUCAGAAAGGAUAAUUGUGGGACUGGAAAUUUCUUUUGUGAGCUGGACUCUAGAGAUUCGUGCCAUCAGGAACCUUUACCUGGGAAAAGCCAUUUCACUUGUGGCAUUUCAGAUUCUCCAUCAAAUAAUGAGCCAGCUGCUGUGAAUUCUGAUGUGGACGGAAGUAUGGAUGAGGAUUCUCCUUUCAGUCCUAUUUCUGAUACUAUGGAAGACAAUGCUGCUUUGGAUGGUCAUGUCUCAGAUCAUUGCUUUGACGGUAUGGAAAUGGAUGGCAUAAACAUGCAAGUUGUUAUACAUCCUGAUUAUGUUGUGUAUCGGGAUGAUCUUUGUUCGGGGUCCCUUAUAACUUUCUCUUGCACUGGUAUUGAAAUCAAGGAUUCAACUGCAUGUGGAAAUCAAGGAAGUUUUAGUUGGGGAAUUGAUGAUAUUGUAGAUAUUGAGUGUCAUUGGUUUCAAAAGGUUGCGUCAGUUGUGGUUAAGCUUCACCUACUGUCAAAGAAUUCAAUCCAAGAUGGUGAUUCAAAAGGCACUUCAGGCAUUGAGGAGUUGAAGUUUGCAGUUAUUGAGCAGAACUGGUCUGAGAAACAGGAAAAAAUCACCUCAUUAAAUGAUAAAUACAGGGCUGUAUGGAACGUUGUGCUUGAUGGUCUCGUGGAAAUGGAUGGAAAUAAUUUGUUUGAACGGAGGCAAUAUUUUCCCAAUUUUGAUGAGCCUUUUGAAGAUGUAAUCUAUCCAAAAGGGGAUUCCGAUGCUGUUUCAAUUAGCAAGAGAGAUGUUGAUCUCUUACAACCAGAAACAUUCGUCAAUGAUACAAUCAUUGACUUUUAUAUCAAGUAUUUGAAGAAUCAGAUUCAAGUUGCGGAAAAGCAUAGAUUUCAUUUUUUUAACAGCUUUUUCUUUCGAAAGCUUGCUGAUUUAGACAAAGAUCCAUCCAGUAUUUCUGAUGGCAGGGCUGCUUUUCUACGUGUUCAUAAGUGGACAAGAAAAGUGGACAUAUUUGGAAAAGAUUACAUUUUCAUUCCUGUAAACUUCAAUCUACACUGGAGUUUAAUAAUCAUAUGUCAUCUUGGUGAAGUGGCCGCUUUUAGAGAUGAAGACCGAGACAAGUCGGAGAAGGUACCAUGUAUUCUGCAUAUGGAUUCUAUCAAAGGAACUCAUGCAGGUCUCAAAAAUCUUGUUCAAAGUUACCUGUGGGAGGAGUGGAAAGUGAGACACAAGGACACAUCAGAAGAUAUUUCUUCAAAAUUCUUGAAUAUGCGGUUUGUCCCACUUGAGCUGCCACAGCAAGAAAAUUCAUUUGAUUGUGGCCUGUUCUUGCUCCACUAUCUUGAGCUCUUUCUUGCUGAAGCUCCUGUUAAUUUCAGCCCAUUCAAAUUAACCAAGUUUUCUAACUUUCUUAACGUUGAUUGGUUUCCACCCUCCGAGGCUUCUCUUAAACGUACGCUUAUACAAAAAUUGAUAUUUGAACUUCUUGAAAAUCGUUCUCGGGAAGUCCCAUUGGCUGUUUGUCAUAAUGAACUCCAAUCCUCUAGAUUUCCCAAAAACAGUGAGAACGAAACAGGCUUGAAUUUGCUAUCAGAAAGAAGCAGUUCUUCAUUUGCUCAACAUGGAAAUUUAUCAAAUUCACGGGCUAGCCGGGGCAUUGAAAUCACUCUAUUAGGAGCAGCUUCUGCAAGGAAUAUGCAGUGUGUUAACGAUUCUGGCUUGGUUCUUAGGGAGUUUUUUGAGCCAGGAGCUACUGCAGGGGCAUUACUCACACAGUAUCAAUCUUUUGGCCAGCCAUCUUCUUUUUACCAUCUCAAUGGUGCUAUGUCAACAAGAGAGCAGGAUGACGUAGAAACAAGUGAGGAUUUUGGAUAUUUGCCUUCUGGGGAAAAUGGUUUCCAGCAAAUAACUGAACUCACAACUCAAGCUAGUACCAUUCCAUAUCCAUCUAGAGGUUUUGGAACAGAGGUUUCAUGGAACCAGGAGAUCCCCAUGCAAGGAGAGCAAGAUAUUGACUCAUCCCCGGAAACAUCUUUGUGUGCUUCUGAUGACUCAGAAGAUGUGGGGAUAAUUGAACAUGAUCCACUUCCAGAGGAUGCCAGUCAAAGUCUUAUAGAGAGAUCAGAUCAACACAGAUCCAUAUCUCCGGACAACAUUGGGUAUUUGACUGGAGACCUGGAGUCUGUCUCUAGCAAGAUGCUGCAGACAUCGACGAUUGAAGGUUCUCAGGAACCUGAUAAAAUACAGGACAGUACCUUAAAUGUAGGCCCUUCCUCCGGACAAGAAAAUCUGACUACGUCAUUGCUUGAGGACCCUAAUUCAGUUGAAAACAGGUUGCAUCAAGACUCUGAAAUGGAUGAAAACAGAGAGUUUUCAAGUGAUGAAGUGCAAGUUGUUGAUGAUGAUAUUCUGGCAGUGUCAUAUGAAGAGCGAGCUGCAAAAAGGCCACGGCUCUCUCCUGUUGAAGAGGAAGGAGGACUCACCGAAAGCUUGUCAAAGGAUCUUCAUUUGUGACACGUGUAGAUGGCUUUUCUUUCUAACCUCUUUUUUCCUUUUAACACAAGAUAUUCAUGUGAAUAGUGUUGGUAGCUCUGUUGACUGUAUCAGUGCAGAAUGAGCUAGUAGGGAGAUUGCUUCAGUACAGCAGUUUUUGUUAUAAUUAACGUAAAGUAAAAUCAUUUUAAGCCCUGUCAAUCUAAGAAA